GGCAGCCUUGUGCAUUCGCGAUGGUCAUCGUUUCUGAUAGCUCCAGGAUUUCCAGGGCAGAGCCUCAGUCUCUGCUUAUGAUAAUCUAGCCCGGGUUCCCCUACAGGUCAGAGCAGCGUAGGGCGGGGCCAAGGUUGACUCCUACUGGGAGGAGCCGGGAUGCCGCUCCCGCGGUGGUGAUGCAGAGAGGAAUUUGCUGACAGUCCCUUGCCAGGUGGAGCAGGCUUCACAAGGCCGCGAAAAAGGAGGACCCGCCGGCUGUCUCCUCUCAGAGCUUUGAAGGAACCGCUUCUGUGGUCAGGAACUGGUGAGACACCGCGGGGUCACCUGGAAGCACCUCUUCCCAGGGACUGAUCGAGAACAGAAAGGCCUUGGAACCUAGCCUUUCAGCCUGAGCUCUCAUCAACACCUGCUGCCCUAGAGUGGGGAGCCUUCCCUGAGUCUGAGACCUUCCACCAGACCGGGAGCCUGAGUGUGCCCAGGAUGUCUUCCUCUUCAGAGGACUUGAGCACAAAGCCCCACAACAUGACGGUGAACGAGUGUUUCCAGUCCCGGAGCACUGUCCUCCAGGGGCAGCCCUUUGGGGGGAUCCCCACUGUGCUCGUACUUAACCUCAUCUUAUGGGUGUUCGUUGUCCUGCUUUAUUCCUUCCUCCGGAAAGCCGCGUGGGACUACGGGCGCCUGGCUCUGCUGAUACACAAUGACAGCCUGACCUCGCUGAUCUACGGGGAACAAAGUGAGAAGUCGUCUCCCUCUGAGAUUUCCUUGGAAGUGGAACGUCGGGACAAGGGCUUCUGUUCCUGGUUCUUCAACAGCCUAACCAUGAAGGACCGGGACCUGAUCAGCAAGUGUGGCGAUGAUGCGCGCAUCUACAUCAUGUUCCAGUAUCACCUCAUCAUCUAUGUGCUCAUCCUCUGCAUCCCCUCCCUGGGCAUCAUUUUGCCUAUUAACUACAUUGGGACUGUUCUGGAUUGGAAUAGCCACUUUGGUCGGACCACCAUUGUUAAUGUCUCCACAGAGAGUAAGCUCCUGUGGCUGCACAGUCUCUUCGCGUUCCUGUACUUCCUCAUCAACUUUGCCCUCAUGGGCCAUCACUGCUUGGGGUUUGUGCCCAAGAAGAACCUCAAGAUCACGAGGACACUGAUGAUCACCUACGUCCCCACAGAAAUCCAGGAUCCAGAGGUCAUCAGCAAACACUUCCAUGAGGCCUAUCCUGGAUGCGUGGUGACCAGAGUCCAUUUCUGCUAUGAUGUCAGGAACCUGAUUGACCUGGACGAUCAAAGGCGCCAUGCCAUGCGGGGCAGGCUGUACUACACGGCCAAGGCUAAGAAGACUGGGAAGGUGAUGAUCAAGAUUCACCCAUGCUCCCGUCUGUGUUUCUGCAAGUGCUGGACCUGCUUUAAGGAGGUAGAUGCGGAGCAGUACUACAGCGAGCUGGAGGAACAGCUGACCGACGAGUUCAAUGCGGAGCUCAAUCGUGUCCGGCUGAAGAGACUUGACCUGAUCUUUGUCACCUUCCAGGAUGCCAAGACCGUGAGGCGCAUCCGUGAGGAUUACAAGUACAUCUGCUGUGGCAUGCACCCCAAGCAGUCCUCAGUAACAACCAUCGUUAAAAACUACCACUGGAGGGUCGCUCAUGCCCCGCACCCCAAAGACAUCAUCUGGAAACACCUAUCCAUCCGCCGCUUCAAUUGGUGGACUCGCUUUAUCGCCAUCAACACCUUCCUCUUCUUCCUGUUCUUCUUCCUCACCACGCCCGCCAUCAUCAUCAACACCAUUGACAUGUACAACGUCACCCGCCCCAUCGAGAAUUUGCAGAGCCCUGUCGUGACCCAGUUCUUCCCCUCUGUCAUGCUCUGGGCCUUCACGGUGAUAAUGCCUCUGAUGGUCUACUUCUCUGCCUUCCUAGAGGCCCACUGGACCAGGUCAAGUCAGAACAUCAUCAUCGUGCACAAAUGCUACAUCUUCCUGGUGUUCAUGGUGGUCAUUCUGCCCUCCAUGGGGCUGACCAGUUUGGACGUGUUUUUGCGCUGGCUCUUUGACAUCUACUAUCUUGAACAUGCGACCAUCAGGUUUCAGUGCGUGUUCCUCCCAGACAAUGGUGCAUUCUUUGUCAACUACGUGAUCACGGCUGCUCUGCUCGGCACAGGCAUGGAGCUGAUGCGCUUGGGGUCACUCUGCACGUAUUGUACCCGCCUCUUCUUUUCCAGAUCAGAGCCAGAGAGAGUCCACAUCAGAAAGAACCAGGCCAUGGAUUUCCAGUUUGGGCGAGAAUAUGCGUGGAUGCUGAACGUCUUCAGCGUGGUGAUGGCGUAUAGCAUCACUUGCCCUAUAAUUGUCCCUUUUGGGCUGCUGUAUUUGUGCAUGAAGCAUGUCACAGACCGCUAUAACAUGUACUACUCCUAUGCGCCCACCAAACUGAACGAGCAGAUCCACAUGGCCGCUGUCUACCAGGCCAUUUUCGCACCGCUUUUGGGGCUCUUCUGGAUGCUCUUCUUCUCCAUCCUGAGAGUAGGUCCACUGCACACCAUCACGUUCUUCUCCCUGUCAUCCCUCAUCAUCUCCGUGAUAAUUGCCUUCUCUGGGAUCUUUCUGGGGAAGCUCCGGGUUGUCCGUGAGUAUGAGCCCGAGGAAGAAGCUGAGACUGUGUUUGAUGUGGAGCCAAGCAGCACGACUUCCACACCCACCUCCCUUGUCCAAAUGCUUCCGUGGCCCUGGCUGAAGAGUGGGGUGAGAAGAACCAGCUCUAGCUCGACAGUCACUAGAAGUCACCCAGAGAGGAGAGAGCCAGAGAUGACGUACUCGAACAGGGAGGCCCAGCUCUCAGAAUCCUCAACCGCGUAGAUGCAGGGGCAUGCUGGGGCUCAGCCUCAGGACCCAGGCUGCCUCCAGGGCACAGGCGUUGGCCAGAGUGGUGCAGACAGAGCUGCAGGGAGCUAUUGACGAACCCAGUGAAUGGUAAGGCAGGGGCAGCACCCGACCGAUAAGCCCGCCAGCCUGCCAAGAGCCGAGGCUGGACCCAGAGUCUGUGACCAGUGGACUGAGCAGAGGCGCCCAUGCCCUUUGGCUUGCCUGGAUGGCAGGAGCCCUCGUCCUCAUCCCUAACGCAUGUGUUUAUGCAAUCAUCUGUGCACGUGUGAUGCUGGGCAUAGGCUCCUUCAUACGUGUUAGGCGUCUCCAACAAGCACUGAAGAAGGGUGGGCAUAGGCUCCUUCAUACGUGUUAGAAGUCUCCAGCAAGCACUGAAGAAGGGUACCAGCAGUGGGGGCGCUUGGGAGAAGCUUCCCCGAGAAGGGACCAUGUCAUGCAACUGGAGGAAUGGGAGGAAAGGUUGCCAGGUGAAGCAGGGUGUGGGAAGAGCAUUGGAGGAAGAGGAAGAACCUGGGCAGAAGCCAGAAGAGAUGAUCUGGUGUCCGUGAGGAAAACAGAAGACAGUGUUCAACAUGGAUAUACAGAACAUGUCUGUGGGCAGGGCCCACAAAGCCCAGAGGCCUUUUUUUUCCCCCAGUGGUGUCAGAGUUGGGUCAAAAUUCAUUAACAUAGGCAGACCCACAUGGCCAUGCUCAUAGACACAAGAUGUGUCAGAACCCUGGUUGGCCUGACUUGAAAGGAAAAAAAAAAUCAAAAACAGACCUUCCAGCCAAUGACAAACUGUCUCUUGAGGGGAGUCAAUGAAGAGACCAAGAACCAACCAGGGACAACUUUCUCUGACCAAUAGGAGCUCUCUUGCUGUUAGCAGGGGAAAUAUAAAGAGCUCGAAGCUUGUUCUUUUCUCUCUGGAUUAAUAAACUCUGAUGGUCAGGGAUUUUAAUCCCCCAAACUUAAUUAAUUAUUACCAUUUUGCUGGGUGGGAGAUUGAGCACACGGCCUAAUGUAUGUUAGGUCAGUCCCACCCCACAAGAUCCACUAAUUUAAACCCCAGCGUGCUGAGCAAGGAUGUGGCCAGACAGGGUUUAAACCAAGUCCAGAUAACUAUAAAAUCUGUGCUUUAAAAAAACCUAAUGAAUAGAACUUACUAUUUAUGUAUGUAUUUAUUUUUCGAGACAGGGUUUCCAUGUGGGCCGCCUGGCCUCGAACUUCAGGCACGAGUGAUUCUCCCGCUUCAGCUUCCAGAGUAGCAGGGCCUACACAGGCGCGAGGUGCUGUGCCUGGCUUAAGCUAUUAAAAACCCUAUACGCUUACGACAGUGGUAUAAGAACAUGGUAGGCAACGGUGGGAAUGAAAAACAGAGAAGCCAAGAAUAAGGAAAUAAAAGUUCACAUUCCCACCACCCAGGGAUGGUCACUGAGACACUUGAUUCUUGAGCUAACUAUGGAUGCGUGCAUCUCUUCCGAAUAUCUUAUGCUUCUGUGUACAUGUGGAAUUCUAUAUGUCUAUAUGGGUCUCUGCUAAAUACUGUGCAUGCAAUUUUAUAACCUGUGUAACUGUCAGUCUGUUGCCACAUAGAUGAAUUUUGACCUCUUUGCCUACCCAUAUUCAAAUAGCUCUUAUUACCCUCAUAUUCAAAUAGCUCUUAUUACCCAUCUUUUUUAAAUAACUGGCUCAAACCCAGAACCAGUUGAGUAUCUAUGCUAGAUUGGGGCUUGAGAAGAUCAAGCCACUCCAGCAGGAUGCCCCCACCUUCUGGAUUUCUCUGACUCAUCUUCCUGAUAUCUUCCAGCAGGUUCCCCUCUCUUCCCCACUCCCUGAAAGCUGGAGGCUUGAAAGGCUCACGUCCAACGCAGGGGCUAGAAUGUAUUCCUAGAAGUGCCUUCACCUCGGAGACCUGUAACACCCCCUUCGUUCUGUUAGUGCUGAUGAGACAGACUACUGGGUGUGACACCAGGCUUUCCCACUGUUCAGCUACCAUUUCCUUUUUCGUGGUCAAAAUGCCUGUGGUGUGUGCUUUGGCAAUAUGUAUGUGUCUAGCUAUUUCACGGGAUUGUUCCCUCGUCAACUGGGGCUGGGUGUUUAUACUGGAGGAUGCAAGGGUUCUUUCUCUCCUGUAAUUACCUACUUUCAAAGUAGGGAGGAGAUUGAAAACCACUGCAAGCACUGACAGGUUGCCCAUUCCCCUGGCACUUCCUGUGUCUCUAAUCUGCCCCCUUCCCUGCAUUCCUGACACCAGCAGUCAGUGUGACAGGAGGCAGCUAACACUCUGUUUCCAAUAUGUGAAUACAAUGUAGCAAAGCAUACUAGCUGAUAAAUGAAGGUCUCUCCAGGGGGACCAGAGGCCAUCUCCCCCCAGGUUCAGCCUGAGUGGGAACAGAUAAUGUGUGGAACGGAUGUAGAUGAGGCAUAAGAAAGCCUGCCACUGAACUAACUCUGGCCACUCCAAGGUAGUGAACAGGCUUCAUCCCUAGGAGCUCACUGAAUGACAAGACGCAAGGCAGAGGAAAUCAAGACUGUGGGUAGUGGGGCAGAGAGGGCCCAGGGCUUGGAAGGGCAGAGGUGAUGGGGUGGGUUUGAGGAGAGAGGGUAUACUCUAGACCUUGCUCCCAAUAUGACCUUGCCUCAUCUUCCCCUCUCUGU